AUGGAGUUGGUUCAGAGACAAGGGAAGAGACAACCUGACUCUCGAGCUUCCAGUCUAAGGUACGAGAGGGAGGAGAUGGAGACUGAGAGAAGAAGAAGAAGAAGAGCCGGAGAUUCAAAACGAGAGAAGACAGAAGACCAAGUUGUUUGGAUGGACAAGGUAGGCGAGGAACUCAGUAUAGGAGUUUGUGAUGUUUCUGAAGUUAAAGAAGUGAAACAUAAAGUAGAAGAAGAAGACAAACAUGGAGAUGAUUACUCUACCUUGUACAUUCUUGCUUACUUCUUCACCAGGAAGAGAAGUCUGAACCUUUAUGUAUCGAGAUUUGGAUUUGAUAAUGUGGGUGUUGGACGAGCAACGGGUUAUAGAAGUGAUAAUAAGGAUGAUGUAGAAAUAAAAUACAGGAUGAUGAAGAGAAAAUGUAGAAACAGUUGGAAUCUUGAUCAGUGGUGGUCAGAAACAAAGAUGAUACUCCAUUCUCAUGCUAAGGUCAAGAAACAAAAAUGGGAGUUCAAGGUUUUGAUUUAG